CUCUGUUCCGGAACCAGCGGCACCUUUCCUGUAGUCUAAGUUCGCUAGCGGCUGGAAUCCGGCUGCCUGUUGAGGGAGGAGGGUGUGGUGGGUUGAACGCCAUUCUACUAAAUCCUGAGUUAGACCAUGGAUUCAGUUUUAGUCUCUUAAAAAGAAAGUGAUGUUGGAGGUUAUUUUUAAUUUGGGGUAGCAGCAGGUUGACCCCAGGGCCCAACGCAAGGUGAUUUAACUUUAUGCUGCUCCUGUGUUUGGAGGAGGACCAAAAAAAAGUCCCACCUGGCAAAAUUUCCAUAACCUCUUCAGUAGAAAACUCCAGGUAUUUAAAAAAUUGCGAUAGUUCUUGUUGUGUCAAGCUUCUUCAGGUGGAGCUCCCAGGGUUAGCUAGGUUUUGGGUUUGAAACAGAUGCAGAGUCCAAAGGCAGUGCAGAAAACAGCCAACGAUUUUGCUAUGCCUCUGAGCUGCAAGAUAACCAGACAGCUCAAUGGAGUCUGAGCAACUGUUCCAUAGAGGUUACUAUAGAAACAGCUAUAACAGCAUAACCAGUGCGAGUAGUGAUGAGGAGCUUUUAGAUGGAGCAGGUGUCAUUAUGGACUUCCAGACUUCUGAAGAUGACAACUUGUUAGAUGGUGACACAGUAGUUGGAACUCAUUACACAAUGACAAAUGGAGGCAGCAUUAACAGUUCUACACACCUGCUGGAUCUUUUGGAUGAACCAAUUCCAGGUGUUGGUACAUAUGAUGAUUUCCAUACUAUUGACUGGGUGCGAGAGAAAUGUAAAGACAGAGAAAGGCAUAGACGGAUCAACAGCAAAAAGAAAGAAUCAGCAUGGGAAAUGACAAAAAGUUUAUAUGACGCAUGGUCAGGAUGGCUGGUCGUAACACUAACGGGAUUGGCAUCGGGGGCAUUGGCUGGAUUAAUAGACAUUGCUGCCGAUUGGAUGACUGACCUAAAGGAGGGCAUUUGCCUUAAUGCAUUGUGGUACAACCAUGAGCAGUGCUGUUGGGGGUCUAGUGAGACCACAUUUGAGGAGAGGGAUAAAUGUCCACAGUGGAAAACAUGGGCAGAAUUAAUCAUUGGUCAGGCAGAGGGUCCUGGUUCUUACAUCAUGAACUACAUAAUGUACAUCUUCUGGGCCUUGAGUUUUGCCUUUCUGGCAGUUUCCCUGGUAAAGGUAUUUGCUCCAUAUGCUUGUGGCUCUGGAAUCCCAGAGAUUAAAACUAUUUUGAGUGGAUUCAUCAUCAGGGGUUACUUGGGAAAAUGGACUUUAAUGAUUAAAACCAUUACAUUAGUACUGGCUGUGGCAUCAGGUUUGAGUUUAGGAAAAGAAGGUCCCCUGGUACAUGUUGCCUGUUGCUGUGGAAAUAUCUUCUCCUACCUCUUUCCAAAGUAUAGCACAAAUGAAGCUAAAAAAAGGGAGGUGCUGUCAGCUGCCUCAGCUGCAGGUGUUUCUGUAGCUUUUGGUGCACCGAUUGGGGGAGUUCUGUUUAGCCUGGAAGAGGUUAGCUAUUAUUUUCCUCUUAAAACUUUAUGGAGAUCGUUUUUUGCUGCUUUAGUUGCUGCAUUUGUUUUGCGAUCCAUUAAUCCAUUUGGAAAUAGCCGUCUGGUUCUUUUUUAUGUGGAAUACCAUACACCAUGGUACCUUUUUGAACUGUUUCCUUUUAUUCUCCUCGGGGUAUUUGGAGGGCUUUGGGGAGCCUUUUUCAUUAGGGCAAAUAUUGCCUGGUGUCGUCGACGCAAAUCCACCAAAUUUGGAAAGUAUCCUGUCCUUGAAGUCAUUAUUGUUGCAGCCAUUACUGCUGUGAUAGCCUUUCCUAAUCCAUAUACGAGGCUGAACACCAGUGAACUGAUUCGAGAGCUUUUUACAGACUGCGGGCCCCUGGAAUCCUCUUCUCUUUGUGACUACAAAAAUGACAUGAAUGCCAGUAAAAUUGUCGAUGAUAUUCCUGACCGUCCAGCAGGCCUCGGAGUAUAUUCAGCUAUAUGGCAGUUAUGCUUAGCCCUCAUAUUUAAAAUCAUAAUGACAGUAUUCACUUUUGGUAUCAAGGUUCCAUCAGGCCUGUUCAUCCCCAGCAUGGCCAUUGGGGCCAUUGCAGGAAGGAUUGUGGGGAUUGCCGUGGAGCAGCUUGCCUAUUACCACCAUGACUGGUUUAUCUUUAAGGAGUGGUGUGAGGUCGGGGCUGAUUGCAUUACUCCUGGCCUUUAUGCCAUGGUUGGUGCUGCUGCGUGCUUAGGUGGUGUGACAAGGAUGACCGUCUCUUUGGUGGUUAUUGUUUUUGAGCUCACUGGAGGCCUGGAGUAUAUUGUUCCCCUUAUGGCCGCAGUAAUGACCAGUAAAUGGGUUGGAGACGCCUUUGGUAGGGAAGGCAUCUAUGAAGCGCACAUUCGGUUAAAUGGAUACCCUUUCUUGGAUGCAAAAGAAGAAUUCACUCAUACCACCCUGGCUGCUGAUGUCAUGAGACCUCGAAGGAAUGAUCCUCCCUUGGCCGUCCUGACCCAGGACAAUAUGACAGUGGAUGACAUAGAAAAUAUGAUUAAUGAAACCAGUUACAAUGGCUUCCCUGUCAUCAUGUCAAAAGAAUCUCAGAGAUUAGUGGGAUUUGCCCUCAGAAGAGAUCUGACAAUUGCAAUAGAAAGUGCAAGAAAAAAACAAGAAGGAAUCGUGGGCAGUUCCCGUGUGUGUUUUGCCCAGCACACCCCGUCUCUUCCGGCAGAAAGCCCCCGGCCCCUGAAGCUGCGCAGCAUUCUUGACAUGAGCCCGUUCACAGUGACAGACCACACGCCCAUGGAGAUCGUGGUGGACAUUUUCCGAAAGCUGGGUCUGAGGCAGUGCCUUGUAACUCACAAUGGGAUUGUCUUGGGGAUCAUCACAAAGAAGAACAUAUUAGAACAUCUGGAGCAACUAAAGCAGCGCAUCGAGCCCUUGGCGCCUCCUUGGCAUUAUAACAAAAAAAGAUAUCCUCCGUCAUAUGGCCCAGACGGCAAACCAAGACCCCGCCUCAGUCAUGUUCAACUGAAUCUCACGGAUGAGGAGAGAGAGGAGGCAGAAGAGGAAGUUCAUUUGUUGAACAGCACAACUCUGUAACCCGAGGGAGCGUCUGCUUACAGUUCUCCUUUAGACAAGCAAACAGACAAACAAAAAGGAGAUAUAAAAGCCAGGCUUUUGCAGCAUGGUUUGUGAAUAGUGCUGCUGGAAUAAAGGAAUUGUUUGAGGAGGGGAAGGAGAAAGAAGGAAAUGAGUGAGGUAGAGCAGCCAACCCACUCCUGUUCUGCAUGGAUGCGUUUUCUGCCGAGGACGAUGUAUCCUGAGAGUGAGGCUUGAGCCCCAGCAGAGAGGACCCUGGAGCCCAGCUCUGAGCGCCUGGCCUGUUACUCCACCGUCGCAAAGACACGAAAUCAGUCCCUGUUCCUGGAGGGAUAACUUUGAAUUGAGCCAUCUGUAAGACUGCAGGUCUUGCCCUUUUUUUUUUAAAUCAAAACUGUUCUGUUUGAUUCAUGAAUUGUAUAGUUAAGCAUUACCUUUCUACAUUCCAGAAGAGUUCCCAACCCCCUUCCCACCCUCCCCCCCUCUCUCUCUCUCUCUCUCUCUCUCUCUCUCGCUCUCUCUCGCUGUAACAAAGCCUCUUUAAAUCGGUGUACCCUUUGAAGCAGUCCUUUCUCAUAUUGAGAUGAACUGUGAUUUUACUGAGGUUUCAUACAAGAAAGGAGUGUUUCUUGUGCCGCUAGCCCUGCCGCUGGCACCAUCACCGAGUGCCUGGAGCAGUCGCAGGCACCGCAGCAGAGGCUGACCAGACAGGGAAACUCUCCAGUGCAGCAUGAACGACCCCCCUCCGCUCGUGUGCCGUGUGGUUCCGAAUCCACAAUGAAACGUGACUUGUACGGAUAAAGUCUUCUUUCUUUUUUUUUCUCUCAGACUUCAUGGGUAAUGUGGCCUGGUCUUACGCAUAUUUCCUGUCUCUAAAACUACUAUGAUAUGCAAGUGCAGUGUGGCGUAAGGAGACAGUGUUGCUGCUUUGUCGGUAAAGAGAAGGAAAUAGCCUGUCUAGCUGUAUCGGUAUUAACUGCAUGUUUAAACACUGGAAUCUUUUUUCUUGAAAUAUGAUCAGUCAUUUUUUUCUUUCCUCAAGAUAUUUUACUGCUGACACUGAAGAAAUGUAAUUCAUAACUUGCACUAAAUGUAUAUUUCUUCUCCUAAAAAUUUACCAUUCUUAUUUAUAUUUUUAUGGAUUAAAAUUUAUAAAAUACAGAUCAGUUAAUAUUUCACUUAAAUAAUUUUACCUUUUUAAUGCAAUUUUUAUAGACUAAUUCAGACUUACAAAUAUGGAGAUAUGAACAAAGUUUACAGUGGGAAGGAGGGUGUACGUGAGGCGGUGGCAGCUUCUCUCUGGUCCAGUGUGUACAUAACCCUUUCUCUGGUCUUCACUGCCACCCUCCGCCCUGUCCAUUCUGACUCAUUAACUGGAGUGAGGAAACACUACACAUCACUUUGCAGGUUAAAAUCAAAUGUUAAAUAGUGUUUACCUUUUAAGAAAAUCAAGUGGAAACAAUAAAAUUGCAAAGGUAGCAGUUAAAAUCAUAAUCUGAACAUAAGCUUUGAAUCUUUGGGUACAUCGCAUCCAGAAGUGUUCUGUUCGGUGACAUUUUGACUGGCCACAGUGCACAUUUUCGCAGGAUGAAUUGAAAAGGUAUGGGGGUGUUUUGGGGAUUUUUGUUUUUGGAAAUGUCUGUCUUAAUCAUGAUCUGAGUUCACUGUUGGCAAAGGCAGUUUUACCUGAAGGACUGGCCUAAAUAUCUGUGAUUAUGCAUUCUGGGUCAGAAAGUGAAAUUUCUGCAGACCGACAUUUUCUGAAACAAUUGGCAAUGAGCUGCUCUUUGGAAAUAUCUCUCUUCCUGGCUUUUAAUGAUAAUAAUAUAUCUGUAAGAUCUUGAAGAUUUAUAAGAUCAUGAAGCCAUAUUAGAAUAACAGUUGAAAGUUGAGCAAAAUUUUAGCAAUUUUGUGAAACAUGCUUAGUUUUGCUAGCUGCCUAAAAUUAGAAUUUUCUCCAAGACAUUCCCCACUUUGGCAGACUUCCGGUUUCCUUGGUGGCCUUUCCAAGUUUAUUUGACCAUGCAGAUUGGAAUAACUUCUAAAUGAUAGUCCUGUAUAACUUACCUCCAGUUUGUCUGAGUGCAUUUGCAGUGUGCAAGGCACUGCUAGAGUGGGAGCCCCGCAGGACCGGCUACUGAAUAACUUGCUUGUCCUCAGUUACAAGCCGUCAAGGGAGAGAUGAGCUUUGCAGAUAGAUAGCUUCAUAACAUUGAACUUCACAUGGAUUUCUUUUUUCAUGUUUUCUUUUUUGAUUUUGGGAUCUCCUUUUGUUGCCCAUCCUGCUUCAGAGACUGACAUUUCAGGGUGGAUAGUAAUUUUUUCCUUGAUUUGUUUCCACCUUGAUGUGUCUUACAGUUGAAAUACAGGAAAAGUGCCAUAUUUUUAUGCAUUCAGUGGUUUUCUUUGGUAUUCUGAUCUGUCCCAUUUUUCUUUUUGAUAUGUUGAGGUGUCUGCUUUUUAACCAAACCAUGAAUAGUGGAGACCAUGAAAUACAUGUGCCUAGCUGAUUGACAAAUUGACUGCUGGAGUGAGUGGAGCGCCUUAUUUGAGUACCCUUUUUGAGAAGGUAUGAUGAGAAUGGGCAAGGCUGUCAGCAUCUCUUAAUAAUUGUUUUCAGUUUGGUUCAUGAAGAACGCUUAGUUUGUUAAUCUGUGAUGUUGCCUAGAGCUGUAUUUAUCUGUUUUCAUUUAUACUAGUGUAGCAAAGCUGCGUAUCAUUACAGUAAAAAUGAUUACUGUGAUGAGUUAAUCAGAAUAUCUAUUAAAAUCUGUAUGACAA